UACUAUAAUUGGGUUCAAUAAUUGUUUUGUGUAAUUAUAAUUAAUUCAACAAUUUCGAUACAGAAAUUAUUGAUAUCGAUAUAUGGAGAAUAUCGCCGAUAUUUUUACUCUAUCCGAUAACAAUGCAAUUAGGAUUCGCGGCAAAACGAGUGUGAAUGUUUGGAGUGUGUUGGCUGAUAAAAAUAUAAUUUAAUUUUAAGGAAGUUUAGCACAAUCACUGAGAAAAUACAUCAAACUCUUAAAAUAUUCACUCGUAAAAAAAUAAAGCUGAACAGUUUGUGAAGUGAAAUUAAACAGAUAUACAAGCAUUUCGUAACCGGCACUGAAUGCACGCGGGAGACUUUAGACAUCUAAUCAUCAAUAUAAUUCGUUUAUGUGAAAUUGCUGUAGUAAUUUAAGACAAAAUGCCGUCAAUUAGUCCAGUCGAUUUUCUGGAUUUAGCUGGGAACAUAUUGGAAAGAAUGGACAUAAGGGAUAGUUCAUCGCCCGGCUUGCUAGAUGUAAAAAUAAAUCUAACAGGAGUAGCCCAACAUGGUUUCGCCACAGCAAGUGGGCUGAAUGAUUAUGACUAUCAAAAUAUAUCCAGCUUAUCUAUGGGCCCAAAAUCAGCAUCGCAAGUACAUACGGUUAAUAAAAUUCCUAUACCGUCAGAAAUAUUGGAACAUUUCAAACAUAUAAAAUGUCACUGUAUGAUGGGCCUGUUCCCGGAAAUAGGAAGAGCCUGGUUAACAAUUGACUCGGAAAUCUAUAUUUGGACAUAUGAACAAGCACGCGAUGUUGCUUAUUAUGAUGGUUUGAAUCAUUUAAUUGUGAGUGUAGGCUUGGCAAAGCCUAAAGCAGGAGUUUUCAUUAACGACGUUAAAUAUUUGUUAAUUUUGACAACGCCUAUUGAAAUUAUUGUUCUGGGCGUAACAUUUGCGGAUACUACAAAAAUCAUUUCAUCUCCAAUGCGAAAUAUGCAAAGCACUACAACUUUUGAAGAAAUGCAGCUCAUGAAUAAACCAAUAUUUAUAUUGAAUUCAGACAAUGUCGCAAUUAAUGUUGUGCAAUGUAGUCAAAGUGGACGAAUUUUCCUCGGUGGUCGAGAUGGCUGCCUCUAUGAAAUAGAUUACCAUGCAGAUUCCAGUUGGUUUGGAAAGCGCUGUAAAAAAGUAAACCACUCGCAAAGCAUGGUAUCAGCAAUGGUGCCUAGCUUUCUAAAAUUAUUCUCAGAAAAUGAUCCUAUUGUUAAUAUAGUAAUCGAUGACAAUCGUCAACUUCUAUAUACACUAACGGAAAAAGGCUCUAUUGAAGCAUGGAAUAUAGGCACUGACUGUAGCAGUAUGCGUCGAUUUGCGCGAGUAUCACAGAAUGAAAUCACACAAAGAGCAAGCAGUAUAUUAAAAACCGUUGACAAUAGCAUAUUUACUAAAAUUAAAUCAAUAUGUCCAUUAUCAAGUGAUGACAGUCAAAAUUUAAAUUUACUUGCAAUUACACAGAGUGGUGUCCGCUUAUUCUUCGCUAUUAGGCCUUUAAGUACAGCACUGAAUCCUAAUCAACAGCCUCAGCAACAACAAUUUUCACAGAAUCUUCAGAUGCAGAGUUGUACAAAUUUUUCUAAUCCCACUUCACCUGCUUUAAAUACAUCACAGGCAACACAAGAUUUUAGCAAACCUCAAGGUUUAUAUUUAUAUCAUGUUCGUCUUCCGCCUGGAUACACACCUAAUACUACAAUUAACAAACCUAAACAGGUACAUUCAGCAUAUUAUAGUGAAGGCACUCUUCUCUUGGUGUCCACUUCACAGCAAGAUCAAGAUCAUUUAUGGUCAAUUAGCUCGGCGCCUUUUCUCAGUCGCCCAUAUUUAGCCGAAGCUACUGCAAUGCUUAAUUUGGAUGGUAUUGUGUGGAGUCUAUCUGAAGUACGUGAUAAGUGUGAAUCAAACCUAAACUCUGUUUUACGUAAGUCAAAAAAACCGAAAAAGGUGGUACUGCUGACAAACCAAGGUGCGCAUAUAAUUGCUUUACUUAAACCUGUGGAUAUACUGCAGCAACUACUCACAACAUACAAUGGACCUCAUAAUGAAGCCGUUAAAACAUUCUUUCAAAUACAAACAGAAAGUGAGGCCUGCACAACUUCUUUACUUAUAGCAUGCUCAGAUCAAUAUCGUAAUACCGAUUUAGCAUUAUGGGCUGCGCAGGCAUUUCUAUUGUAUGGCGGCGAGCCAUACUAUCACUAUCAAAUGCUUGCGAAUACUCAAGGUGGCACCUCAAAGGUUAACUCUAUGAACCCUGCCUUAAAUAUCGGACAUUAUGGAAUGGAUCGCAAUACACCGUCAAUGUUUGUUUCAACACCUAUGCCACAUGGUGGCGGUAGUGGUGGUUUCCAAAUGCCACGAUCACCACAAGUACAACAUUCAAUGCAUCUGUCGCAAUUCCCUCUAAGUCCGAUUUCAGGACAAGAUUCUGGCCAUGAUGGUUUGAUUCUCAAUGACUACUCUACGGUAGUAUAUUCUCCGAAACAUGAUGGCUUGUAUUUGUAUGUCGCUCGCCUAUUACGACCAAUAUGGAAAAAGCGCUGUGUUGAUUCUAAUUUAUGUAGUACUUUAACUCAAGCGGAUUGUACGCUAAUAUUGGAAGACUUGUUUGCACUUAAGGUUUUUAUGGAUGCCUACAACGUGACUGAGUUGUCGGGUAUGACCCGUAGUAGCUACUCAACUCAUCAAUCAAGUAUUUCGAAUGGUUUUAGUCAUUCUUUACCGUCACACAACCAGCUCGCAUCCCAAGAUCAAAGAAAUGUAACGGAGAAAGCUCAAAAUGAGGAAAAACAAUCACUACGUGCUUUAUAUCAAUUGGUUAAACAUGUUUGUGAAGUCAUGUCGCUAUGGAAAAUUUUGUGUGAGCAUCAGUUUCAAGUUUUGGUCACUCAAUUAGCUAAAGAAGAACAAACAACCUUGAGUUCAUGUUCAUUUCGUGAUCUUACGCUCACGCGAACUGAAACGUGUGCACUACUAAUAGCAGUUUUAAUUAAUUCGUAUCUCAAAGAUAACGCUAGCGUUAGUAUUAUUUCAGCCAAAUUGCGAGAAGUUUGUCCCAAUCUAUAUCGUCACGAAGAUGCUGUUACUUUCAAAGCCACUGAAAUAUUAAUGUCAGCUAAAAGUUGUGAGGCAUCUGAGGGUAAGCAUGAAAAGCUGAGAACAGCACUACAGCUCUGUAAGGAUGCUGCGCCAAAUUUACCACUUCAAAACAUAUGCCAACAAUUUUCAACAGCCGGUUUCGGGGAGGGUGUAAUCGAAUUAACGGCUACUUGCGCAAAAAAAAUCGAUCCGGAGGAAUUGGGUAUACGUUAUUAUAAUAGCGAUGAGCCCACUGAAGAUAGUGAAGGAUAUGCGGCAUAUUCCUCUCGCAUGUCAUGCUACAAAGAAGUACGUUCGAUGUUGGAUACCAUCUACCAGAAUUAUUGUAAUGUUAAUGAAACACAAGAGUUCGAAUUUCAACGGCAAAUUUGUGAUACUAACGAAAAUAGUUUUAGUGCACAAAUACGUAAGCUAGUAAAUUUAGCAAUGCAAAUAAAGGAUCCGCUUCUGCAUAUUACAAUAUAUCAAUGGUUGAUGGGUCAUGAUAUGAUUUCUGAGUUGUUAGCACUACCUGAACCAAGCUUGGGUGAGUUUCUGCGACGAAAUGUAGUAAAUAAUCCAGGAAACCUAAACUUAGUCGAUCUUUUAUGGAAGUACUAUGAAAAGAAUGGUCGCCAUGCCGAAGCAGCACAUAUUUUAGACAAUUUAGCAAGCACUGAAAGCGAAUCAAUAUCACUUGAUCAACGAAUUGAAUAUUUGGCAAGGGCAGUAAUGUGCAUGCGUAAUGAUAGUUCAGGGUAUUCAGUUGCAAAUGGUAUCUUGCUUAAAGAACUUGAAGAUAAACUUGAAAUAGCGCGUGUACAAAAAUCUAUAUUAGAUACACUUUCCGCAUACGUCAGACCGGCUCACAAUUUACUGCAAGCUAUAGAUAAGCUCAAUUUUACAUUAUACGAUAUAACACAACUGUAUCAACAAUUUGCCGAUCCUUUUGAUUUGUGGGAAUGUAAACUUACCAUACUUAACUGUUCACAUCAUAAUGAUCCCCUAUUAAUUGAAACAGUUUGGAGUCAAAUUAUUAAUAAAGCCGUUGAAGGUACUGGCAGCAUACAGGAGCGUUGCACGCGAUUAUUUAUUAAGAUCGAAUCUCUUGUUAAAGAAUUUCGAGAGUCGGGCCACUGUUUUCCGUUGGCUUUUAUCAUACGUGAACUUGAAUUGAAAGCCUGUCAGCUCCGUUUUCCAGAAGGUAUUGUGCCAGAUAAGCUAGUUUCCAUGAAUAUAGACAUUGAGCUCCUAAUGGAAUACUACUUCAGAAUGAUUUCAAUGAAUGAACGUGUUUGGGCAAACGAGGGUAAUGAAUGGCAUUUAGUGCAGUCCUCCAUACGUGUUGUAACCUUAUUAUGUGGAAACAUACGUACCAUAUGGCACCGCUCCAAAAGGCGCAUACUUGGAAAAGCACAGGAUAUCGUUUCGACUUGUUUAAAUUUUUGUUACCAAAAGCCAGAUACGGAACAGUUGCGUAACACCCUAAAAGCAUUGCAAUGUCAACUGCAGGAUUAUUUAUUGUGAAAUGUUUCUAAAUUGUUUUUAUAUCUUUCAUUAAACAAAAACAAAUAUAUUAUAAAAAAAUACAUACA